UUUGUAGAUGAAUCAUGCGUGUUAUUUACGAUAAAAUAUAUAUUUUUUGAAAUUAAGGUAAAGAUAAUUUAAUUUCUAUUUGAUUCGACACAUUGGUUUGACCAAUCAACCGUGAGCUCUCUUUUAUGUAAGCCAAUCAGAUGCGUCGUUCCAACAGAAGGUAGAGGAACGUUAAAUUCGCGGGAGAAGAUGAUGAUGCAUGUUACUUUCACGUAGUUGCUGGUGUAGAUAACGAGUCAUACUUUUACAUUCAAAUUAAUAAAUGCUAAUAGCAGUCAUUUUACUGAUAUGGCUGAUAUUUUGGGAGUCGUUUUCAGACGGUUUGCACCAGGAACUGGAACGAGUGAUUUGGUUUUUCCCUCUCGUGUAGAAGGCAACACGUUAGUGCUCGGGGACGUCAACAUCAGGAGAUCUGUGUUAUUCCUCUCCGCCGUGACUGCUGCCUCAGAUCUGGGGCUCAAAGUGCUGUUUUUUACACAGACCCCUUUUCAGUCUCUACCCGUUUCUGUGAGGGAUUCAGUACCUGGACUAAAACUAGACAGUUUGAAGAAUGUGAAGUUUGUGUAUGUGAAGACUUUGGAGGAGCUGGUUGAGGAUGUGGCGUCCCUUCACGAGCUGGCGUCCGAUGCCGCGUCUCCUCCAUCCCUGAUCAUCGUGGACGGUCUGGAGAGGUAUUUGCAAGGGCCGCUGCAGGACGACCCGGGCCCUGUGGCUCGCGUGGCGGCCCUCCUGCACGACACCGCUGCUUUUCUCACGCAGAUCCUGCAGAACAGAGCGGACGGCCAGGGCCUGUGCAGGGUCAUGCUCUCCUUUCAGAGUGAGUGUGAAGGCAGUCGGGACAGUGAAGUCCCGGAUCUUCUCCUCUCUGUUCUGGACCGUUACCUGCAGGUGAGGUGCACCUUUGAGGAAAUGGCGGGGCAGAAUGAGUGGCAGGUGUAUCUGUCAGACACGAGUCCUUCGUCGGCCCAUCAGGGACAGCAGUGGCACGUGGGGCUGCAGGCAGGAGGGGUUCUGGAGUUUCGUCCAGUUAUCGGUGAGGAACAGCAGAUUCUGGACCAGCGGGACAAGAGCAAACAGGGAAAUGAGAGCAAAUAAAUGUUCAUAUUACAAUAUAACCAAUUUUUAUUUCUCAGUUCGACCAGCUAUACUUGAUUUAUAGGAAUGUUAGUGUUUACUUUAGUGUAAAUUUGACAAUGCAAUAUAAAUGUUGACUAAAUACAGAUAUUUAACCAUACUGGCAGAAUUUAUAAAGUAUUGACAAUGUAGAAAUUACAUUUGAAUGGCAACUUUUUAUUUAUUUACAGACUGUGAUUUACUUUUGAUUACAUUGCAUUUAAUAAACACUCUUGCAUUAACUAAAACCCCCCAAAAAACAGAUUAGAGAACAGUUGUUUACAUUAAAUAUAUAUAUAUAUAUAAUGUAAUAAACAACCAUUUUCUAAUCUCUAUCCUAACUCUUCUAUACAUGUCAUAUCCUACGUAUCCACACACACACACACACACACACACACAUAUAUAUAUAUAUAUAUAUAUGUGGAUACGUAGGACACACUAACCAAAAUCAGUCUAUUUUACCCUUUCUCCCCUAAUUUAACAUGAGUUACAUUUAAUUAUCUGCAAAUGCUCUCAGAUUGUUUAAAAAAAACCUACAAUUACAAAACCAACAAUUAAAUAGAUAGUUCAGAUAAAAAUAAUUUACUCACCUUCGUUACAAACCCUUCUUUCUUCUGUUGAACAUAAAAGAAUAUGAUUUUCAGUGUUAUCAAAGUCUCAAUAUUAUUUUUCCCCAUACAAUGGAAGCCAAUGGUCACCAAAAUGGUUUGGUAACCAACAUUCUUAUAUCUUAUGUGUCAUAUAUCUUAAGUAUCUUAUGUGUUGCACAUAUUUAAUUUCUGGUGAACUAUCCCAUGAAAUGCAUUAAUUUAGAUGGAGAACAGGAAAUACAUAACAAGUGUGUAGAUGGGAAUUCCAUGGAAGAGAUCCCGUCGGUUUACGCAACAAAUAACAUUCCUUUUCAUUGAAAAAAUAGGAGCUUUAUUGCUGAUAGAAAAAGUGGAAGACAAACUGUUAUUUAGAAAGUGAUUACUAGGCUUUCAAUCUUAUUGCCAAUGCUAUAAUGAAAUAAAACAACACUCAGUGGUCGUAACAUUGUAUAGACAGGACUGCAUGUGAAAAGAAAAAGUCUGAAAUAACUUCUUAUCUACACUCGUUAAAAAAUAAAGGUUCCUCAGUGGCUAACAUAAAUGUAAUCUUUCAACUGAAUAAAAGGCUCUUUAGAUUAUUAAAAUGUUUUUUUAAGAACUGUUUAAAGUUG